AUGCCGCCUAAGAAACGCAAAUUUGAAGAAGUCGAAAGAGGGGAACCAAUUGGAUCAGAGGGCGAAUACAAGUGCACUCUUUGUGGACAGGAAUUUAUCAGAGGAUGCGGACUUGCAAGUCACCUUCGUAAGCAUGCUCCUGUCAGCUUUGAUUGCUAUCACUGUGGUCAUUCGAGCAAGUCUAAGCAUAAACACGACAGACACGUGCUUGUUGCUCACGCCGAUUACGUUCGCCGAGGCGGAAUCCUUCGUGGUCCAAUUAUUCGUAAAGUCAAAGAAGAAUUGCCAAGUGAUUCCAGUGAUGACGAUGACAUUCCGCUGCCAUCAAUUCCACCGGUUACAAGAAGAAUGUCGGGAUUGAAGAGAGUAGAAGAAGUCGUUCUCUCCCGUGACAUCAAAAUGGAAGAACCAGAUGAUUACGAAGAUAUACCAAACUCUUCAGUCAGAGGACCACCAGAAGCACCGCCGGACCCACUAGCACUACCAACGCCAAUCGCAACACCAGCUCCAAAAGCACCAACUAUGCCACAAGAAACAGCAGUUCCAGUAGCACUACCAGCACCAGUAUCGAGGCCAGUUCGAAAAUCAAUGCGAGCAGCAGUAUCAGAAGCAGUGCCAGUCACAGUGCCAUCGGUAGUACCAGUAACAGCUUCAGAAGCACCAACUAUGCCACAAGAAACAGCAGUUCCAGUGGCACUACCUGCGCCAGUAUGGGGACCAGUCCGAAGAGCAGUGCGAAGAUCUGAAGUAUCAGUUGCAGUGCCAGAUCCAGUGCCAUCAUUGGUGUCAGUAACAGCUCCAGAAGCACCUAUUAUGCCACAAGAACCAGCAGUUCCACUACCAGCGCCAGUAUCGAGGCCAGUCCGAAAAUCAAUGCGAACAGCAGUAUCAGUAGUAGUGCCAGACACAGUGGAUACAAGCAAGUUAUCCAUGAAUGUGAAAGAAGAUAUGCCAGUGGAAGUGAAAAUGGAAAUCGUUGAGAAAAUAGUACACGCUUCCACGGUAUCACCACAAGCUACACAUGUUGUGAAGACGAUGAAACUGGGAUUGAAGCCGAGAAAGCUGUCGUUGAAGAAGGCAGCGGUGAAGAAAGCCGAGAACUUACUCAAUAAUGACACUGUUCCCCGUCAACGAGAUGUAUCUCCUGCAACACGUUUAAAGCUUCCAUUCGGAUGUCCAAUAUGCCCAAGUCGAUUCAAUGUUCACCCUCGUGCGUGUUUCCAUGUUUUGAGCCACCGACAGAAAAGACACUUGGCACCGACUAGCAUUAAGUUUUUCUCAAAGAAAUUGGGAACAAGUCAGGAAGGAUACAAAAUGAAGUCCGUACCGUUCAUGAGAUGGAGAUUGCGUUUUGACAAUCGUUCGGUGGAUGAGAAGAGAGCCGAACGACUGCGAUACAUGAAAGAAAACUUUGGUCACUCAAUUUCGUCACCUAGAUCAGCAGCUGCUGAUUGCAAACCGGGUUGCAGCUCAUCUCCCAUGAGAUCCAAACUCAAACCGAAAUUAAAAGCAAUUGCGAAGAGGAGAAAGGCUCUCAAAAUGAGCAACACUAGAAAUCUGUUCAUGAAAUGCGGCACACAAUUCGGACAAAGAGUUAUCUUCGAGACGUACAGCUACUACCUCUGCAAAGAUUGUCCAUACGUCACUUGGAACGUUUCAUCGCUUUGGCGUCACUUCCGACAUCAUAUUCAACGUUCGAUAAUGUCAUGGACAUGUGUAUCAUGUUCCUUCAGCUCUGCCAACCGAGUGAAGGUUGACCAGCAUGUAAAACUGCACAAGGAAAUUCCAGAAACGGAUUUGGAGUAUUCCCAUUGGCUUCGCUUUGAGCGCAGAGUCAACAGGACUGACUUGAAUAAGCCGACGCCAUCAAAAAAGCUUCCUACUCGCCAGUAUAACUACCCAGCAGCGAAUCGUACGUUGCGCAGUGCAGAUCGCUCGAGCAAUCAAGAUAUGCUAAACGGAACUAUGGAAGAUCAACUGGACGACAAUGUUCCGCAAACAUCCAAUGGAGAGGUGGCGACAACACCUAAAAUAGCGUAUAACACAAACCUUAAAGCAAAUGGAGGUGCAAAAAAUGAUUUUGAAAUGUUACCACAACCAGUAAGAGCAGCUCAUCAAGUGGUUACCAGAAGACGUCUAUCGGCUAAAACAACUCAGCAAUUGAUUGAAGAAAUUCAACAAUCAGAUGAAGAGCCUGAACUGCAGGUUAACGGGUUACAACAACCAACUACAGUAAUCGAGCACCCAACUAAAACAGUUCAACAAGCGGUUAAGCCAGCAGGACAAACUACAGAAGAAGCUCAACCUGUAAAGAUUCCUGCAGAGCAACCGGCAAAAUCAACUGAACAGCCGGUCAAAUCGACUACAACGUCCACAAAAACUGGAGGAAAAAUGAUGCAAGCCAAAACAGAUCCAAAGAAUUCCAAGUCAGCUGCACAAUCGGCAACUGUUGCAACACAAAAAACUGUCAAACCACCGGAGAAAGCUGUUCGACACUUGGAACAGUUGGCUGCACAACCAGAAGUCCAGCAACAGGCAGAAGAAGUACAAAAAUCUGCAAAAACAUCUCAACCGCGGAAGAAGGGUGUCAAACCUUUGAAGUCAACUGAACAGUCUGUUAAAACAGAUCAGAAACCUGCAAGACAAGUUCAACAACCGGCUAAGUCAGCAUCAAAGUCAGAAAAUGGAUCACAGCAACCGGCGAAACCAGCUGAACAAAAAUCUGUUCUAAAAAAAGAAGCUCCGAAGUUGGCUCAAGUAGAUAAUCUUGAGAAAGCAGCUGAAGUUAAUUCCCAACAGGCUGCUAGCUCCAAUUCUACUCAAAAAAGUAAAAGAGCAUCUCAAUCAGUCCGUUUUCAAGAGUCUCCAUCAUCCACCUCGCCGGCUGAUGUCAAAGGUUUUAAACCGGAGGAAUAUUUGUCCCAAAUUAAGACAGUGCCAUCAACAGUGGUUCAAUCGGUUGCAGUGAGCCAACCGAAGUCAAUUGUGAAAAGUCAAGCUCAACCACUGGAAAAACCUAAUAUUUCUUUCACUGCUCGACGGGAGCCUAUUUUCAAAUUCACUCCAUUGAAUUCAUCUGCUUCGUGUGCUGGCACGUGGAGUUCUACUGCAUUCAGCUCUGCUACAUCAACAGUCCGUUUUAAUUUUGAUUACAAAGCUCCAAGAGAUGAUCCCACAGUCAUAACAGCACCAACAUCAAGCUUAGAAGCAAUCACAAUGAUGAAUUUGCAGAAAAUUGUUACCCCAAAAGAAUCUAAAGACUCUAAUAGUAUGCCAAGACGCGAAGGAUCUAGAAAGCGAUCAAUUGAUGACGACGAUGACUCUUCCGACCGAUCCACACCUUCCUCUCAUGGUGAUUCAAUCCAAUCAACCUCUUUAUCGCAACAAACUUCACAAUCAACUUCUCCUCCAUCAUCUCCAGUCGAUAUUCCCCAUUAUCGAAAGGAAUUAGUGAAACCGAGAUACGAAGAUUUUCUCUAUGUGAAGCCCGUGUACCCGGAUUUCCAAAAAGAGCGACACCCAUUGGAUGCAAAUGGAAGGUAUCAAGUGGCCAUGCGAGAAUAUGAGAAAGCUCUGGAAAUUCGACAAAGACAAGGCAGUCUCAUCCCAGUUAGUGACGAUCAAUUCAAGACUCCACUUCCAGUGACGGCAGAUACUUUUGCUCCACACAGACCAAGAGAAUAUCUAAUGAGAGAGUUUGCAAUUGAAAGAUCUCGUCGCUGUGCGGAUUGUCCAUUUAAGGAAGACAACUUGGAGCGAUUCCGCAAACAUCGGGAUAAGCAUCUCUUGCCAGGACGUCACAAAUGCAAAGAAUGCAACUACUCUUCUUUCGACUAUCAUCAAGUUCAAGAGCACAUGUUUGUAGAUCACUAUCUGAGUGAUAUCAAGCUAUUGGAAGGACUUCCAUCGUCGGAUGAAGAUGACUACUCACCUCCACCACAGCGUAAGCCAAAGGCCAAGAAGAAGACGGGCGGCAGAAGAAAGAGAAGACGCCGUACUGACUAUUGA